AUGCCGGCGCUAUCGUGGGCCGCGUCGCUGAGUGAUGCCAUUGUCUCUCAUGGCGGCGAUCUGUCGGUCUCCCUCGCAUCGGCAAGCAAUGCCACGAAUCCCGUCGAUGAAAAUAUAAAAGUCAUAUGCGCGUGGCCGGUCUCUGGCCAGUAUGGCCCCGGAUCGAGAGUCUUAUACUACGUGCUAAUAGCAGCAUGUCUGUUUGCUCGGAGGGAGAUAUGGAUCAAGAACGCUUGUUUGGCUGCGGCACUGCUCCUCCCAGCUGUAGCUGCUGUCCAUGGUAUCGUCCUGGCAGCUUUGCAUCGCGACAAGGCUGUUGACAUGGACAUCUAUGGUUCCUUUCAAUUAUGCUCAAUCGGCGUCCUCGUCGUGCCAGUGACCGUCAGUCUGUCGGAGACGUAUCGCAAUACUCCAGGUCGCAAUACAAUCUUUUUGUGGGCAGGCCUGAUUCUUGCCGGACUCCUCAGCCUAUCUAUCGAGUUUUACCGGGCCCAAACUUUUCCCUGCAGCGAAGAUGGCCAAGGCAACCCCAUACCCAACGACCCCUCGAAGUUCCCUUACGGUGCAAGCACAACGUGCGGGCUCAUAUGCUCCGAAACAGAGGGGCCGUUCUCACCCAUGCGAAAGGGCUCAUCCAGUGACAUCUACGUGGUUCCUGCACCCAGCAGGCUCACCUUCGGCACGGCGACACUCCUUGCGGCCGCGUGCUGCGUCCACACCAUCGUCUGGAUGGCAUCAAUGUCGGAAAUGGUGUUUGAAGACAAUUGGAAACGGCCCCUUGGCAUCAGGGCCGAUGAUAGCCAGGCCGAUGAGCAGAUUCCGGGCACCAACGGCGCGACCAAAAGGACCAUGAAGGAUGUCAACGCAAUGAUUCGCUUUUUCCUCUCCGUGGUGGCAGUUCCCGUGUUUGGAGGUGCAGGGCUUGCCAUUCUCAUUGUCGGCGAGAUCAACUUCUUCAGUGGUCCAGUCAAUUACCAAGUUGAGUCGUUGGCAAGCAUUGGUGAGUAG